UGUUCUUUCAAUAUAUUAUACUACAUGUAUACACAUACAUGUAUAAUUGUAUACAUCCCCCCCCCCCCCUCUUCCCGAACCAGUCAGAAAUCUAUGGCGGUUGGGUCGGAAGUAAGCAGUGAAGUGGUGAACUACAAUGGUCAGAUUACAUCAUUUGUUGUGUUGUCUUGCAUGGUUGCCGCAACCGGAGGCAUCAUUUUCGGCUAUGAUAUUGGAAUAUCAGGUGGAGUGACUUCUAUGGAGCCAUUUUUAAAGAAAUUCUUCCCAGAGGUUUACAACAAGAUGAAAGAAGACACCAAGAUAAGCAACUACUGCAAAUUUGACAGCCAACUUCUAACAUCCUUCACGUCUUCGCUAUAUGUAGCUGGUCUAGUCGCUACCUUUUUUGCUUCACCCGUCACUAGAGCCUUUGGGCGCAGACCCUCGAUUCUCAUUGGUGGAGCCGCCUUUCUUGCUGGUGCAGCCCUUGGUGGUGCUGCUUACAAUAUUUACAUGCUUAUAAUCGGUCGUGUCUUGCUUGGUGUCGGAGUUGGUUUCGCCAACCAGUCGGUUCCAUUAUACCUAUCGGAAAUGGCACCAUCCCAUUACAGAGGAGCAUUCAACAUCUGUUUCCAACUUUGCGUCGGUAUAGGCGUUCUCGCGGCAAAUCUUCUAAACUACGGCACCGAAAAAAUAAAAGGCGGUUGGGGAUGGCGAAUCUCCUUAGCCAUGGCCGCUGUCCCCGCCUCAAUUCUAACCUUAGGAACUCUUUUCCUCCCAGAAACACCAAACAGCCUCAUACAACACGACAACAAUCCCGAUAAAGCCAAGCGAAUGCUACAAAAAAUCCGAGGCACAAACAACAUACAAGCCGAGUUUAACGACCUUGCAACAGCGAACGAAGCCUCGAAACAUAUCAAACACCCGUUUAAAAACAUCCUGAAGCGAAAAUACAGACCACAGCUUGUAAUGGCAGUUCUUAUCCCUUUCUUUCAACAAGUUACCGGAAUCAACGUCAUCUCAUUCUACGCACCGGUUCUGUUCAGAACAAUCGGGUUCGGUGAAAGCGCUUCGCUCAUGUCAGCGAUAGUAACCGGACUAGUGGGUCUGUGCAUGACGUUUCUAUCGUUAUUAAUCGUCGAUAAACUCGGCCGACGCACCAUAUUUACUAUCGGCGGGGUCCAGAUGUUCGUUUCGCAGAUGCUUAUCGGCGCGAUCAUGGCAGCAAAGUUAGGUGAUCAUGGUGGUUUGAGCAAAGGUUAUGGGUAUCUAGUGUUGGUUUUGAUAUGUUGUUAUGUUGCUGGUUUUGGUUUAUCUUGGGGACCGUUGGGCUGGCUGAUUCCUAGUGAGAUCUUUCCGCUUGAGAUCCGAUCGGCCGGACAAAGUGUUACGGUUGCAGUGGGGUUUUUGUUUACUUUUGUUGUUGCUCAGAUGUUUUUGAUGAUGCUUUGUCAUUUGAAAUCAGGGACUUUCUUGUUUUUUGGUGGGUGGGUGUUUGUGAUGACGGUGUUUGUGUAUUGGUUUCUUCCUGAAACGAAGAAUGUGCCGAUUGAGACGAUGGAUCGGAUAUGGAAGCAGCAUUGGUAUUGGAAGAGAUACGUGAAUGAAGAAGAUACGGAGAUUAGUUCUGGUCAUAAUAGAAUUUAGAUAUAAGAUAGGCAUACAUGCAAUAAAGGAAAUUUUAGAUAUAUUAAUUUGUAGUUUUGAUGUAUCUUGUAAUCAUAAAUACCAUGAUGAAGAAUGGAAAAGUAGUUAUGAAAUCUCAUAUAAAUGGGAUUAUUUCAGAUCGGAGAA